UUUUAACAACAAAUAUUAUUCAUAUAUGUUUUAGGAAUUUCUUUGAAUUCGAUAGAAUAAUUCUUGUUUGCGUUUCAUUGUCUUUAGGGAUGCAUAUUGUUACCAGUGAACGAUGAAAAUUCGUUCACUGUAGUCGGUCGAGGGAUCGACGAAUCGGUGAACGUAAGAAAUGAAGUAAAGACGCUCUUCAACCGGUUUAAGAAGUUAUAGUUAAUAUUCCGUAGAUUGAGAGACACUGGUGCUUUCUCGUACCUGCGGGUACGACCGUAACGUUCAGUUGUGUUUGUACGUAGGUGUAGUAAACGUAUCGUGUAUUCACGGCAUUCCUGUUUCGUUGCGCAUGCGUACCUGCCAUGGCUCCUCUCGGCUGAUUGUUUCGUUCGUUUUCGCGUUACGAUUCGGUUGUGCUUUCGUUUAGUCCGCUCGUGAUUGCCACAGUACGGUUGUGUGUCUAUGCAUCCGUUUGACUCGAAUUCGAUAUCGUUCGCCUGACUGUCGUUUUUUCCGGGACAUACCCGUUCGCGAGACACCGACAUUUUUAUUGUGAUAGUUUCCUGUGCGCGUCUGACUACCUGAUCCGCGGCUCUGGUGUACACAGGUGUUUACUUUAGGUGACAGCUAGAAGGGUACAUCUACUUUGAGUUUUUUCAUUUUUCACCCUCCACGCGUUCCGUUCGCUUUAUUGUGACCGAUCUUUCGAAGUGGGAUAAAACAUAGUCCUCCUCGUGCAUCGGCGAGCACGAUUUCGUUGCAUUUCUCUAGGAUUACGUAUCCUUCGGUUCAAGUAACGACCGGUUCUACCGGUGCGCGGUGCGGUCCUCUCGCGAUCAUUGAACGGGUCGGGAGCGGAGCGUCUCACGUUCCCCUGGUUGGCCGUGUCGAGCUCACCAGGCUCCAACCUGGCCGAUAACGAAGGAUGGUAAGCUCCCGUCCGAGUGGCGUAAACGUCUCACCCGCUAACAGCAGCGUGGUUACAUCGCGUGUUGUCGUGUCCGACAGUGACGUUGCUCGUGACGGUGAUGCCAUCUCGUCGAGUGACCGACAAUCGUGCACCGCGGAGGACGAGGGUGGCACUCGCGUGAACGGCCCUCCCGGCGCGAUCGAAUGGAGCGAAAGCGGUCCGCCCUCGCUUUCUAUGUCGGUCGACCUGCAUAACCUGGUCAACCCGAAUCUCCAAGACUCCGGGCACUAUUCUGCCAGUCCCGAGCACGCAGAUGUAUCCUCCGCGUCCGGCUGCAACGCUGUCAAGAUUGCCAGGACCCACGAGGAAGAGGAGAGCUACGAGGCGUUCGGAUCGGUCGAGGGGGACGCCGAUGACGGGGUAGACUCGCCGGGCGGUAGCAGUUCUGCGCCUUCGCCCACCGGCACCAAUUCUGUCAGAAAUCCUAGGAGUCCUAAUUCAACUAUAGGAAGGCAUUCAUGGAUAAGAACAUCGCUUAGGCGGACACCACCGUGUUUCAGUUCUGGAAGGAAGAGGCUUAGUACCAAUGCAUUAGCAAGCCAGCUAUAUCGAAGCGGCAGUUUCAAUAGCUCGGGCAGAGGCUCCAACUGUGAUCCCGCGGACGAUAUGUACAGCGAUAUCUCACUCGAGGAAGAUGUCAUUGAUCUCAAUCAUAGAGUUCAAAUGAUCCAGGAGCAAAUGCAUGCUUUAGUGGAUACUCAAUCGGUCGGGGAGGAACGUUACGUGAGAGCGAAACAGGAAAAUGCUAUGUUGCAGGCGAGAAUAUUAAUGCUUGAAGAAGCAGCUAAGGAUGCCGAAACUAGAGCCGAAGAAAGGCUGCAAGCGGAGCAACGGAAGCAUAGAGAAUGGGCGAAUCGUUUGGAACGCGAACGACAGUUACAAUUAGAAAAUUAUGCCAUAAAACUGCAAGCGAUAGAAUUAGAAGGAACUAGUUUAAGGGAUGAAAUAGGAAGGUUACGCGAACAAUUAGAAAAAGUUAAGGCGGAAAAAAAUCGGCUGGAGGAUGACCUUGAAGAAUCCAGAAGAGAAACAGAGGUUGCACGUGAAAGUGAACGCCAAGCCAUAAAUCGGGCUAAUGAAGCUCAUUAUCAGUUAGAAGCUGCUAGAGAAGAACUUUCGAUAAGAGUGGAGGACCAGCAAAGAAUAGAUGAAUUACUGCAACAGGUGGCACAACUUCGGGCACAUAAUAAAAGUCUAGAAGAAUCGAGGGAUGAAUUGCAAGCUGCAGCGGCUCUGCAGGCAGGCCGUGAACUUCUAAUGUUAAAUCCCUGCAACAGUAACUGUAAUGCUGAAAAAGGACCUAGUCUCGCUGUAGAAUUAUUAGCCGGCAUCAAUCAAGAUCAGAUGAGACAAGCUUUAAAGGAGCAGCAAGAGGUCAAUACGCAAUUAAGGGCAUACAUUGAUGGAAUUUUGUUGAACAUAGUAGAAAAUUAUCCUCAAUUGUUGGAAGUGAAACAAACUCACUGAACUACUCCAAAAAUAAUCAGUGAUUAUAUUUAAUGUGAACACAUUGCGGUCGACGGUCCACAUUAAACUGUAGCGCUCACUGGUUCAAUCGAAUAGAAACUGUAUUACGUACUUAGCCAUAUUUUUUCGUUGAAUAGAAAUGCCUACGUGAAAACAACUGUUUAAAUCAAAGUACUUGAAUUCAUUUUAUCGUGAAAUUUACAGUUUUUUCAAUAAAAAUGAUAAAUUUUAAUUUUCGCAUUUGCUUCUUUUACUUCAUAAAUGUUCGAUAAUAACACUCUUGUUUCUAAUUGAGAAAAAUCAAAUGGACAUGAUUAAUUCCUUGAAAUUUCAUACGAUAGAAUAGGUUAUGAAUUUUAAGUAGUAUUUAUUUAAAUGUGUUUCUUAUGUGUAACUCUGUGUAAUGUUACACUGAAAACAAUAAUAGCAUGUUCCUUUUUUCAAUGCAUUUCUAAAUCCAUGUCAGGCUACUUAAUCAUGUUUAUAAUAUUUUUAAGGUACUUUAAAUAGUACUUUUAACAAGUGAAAAUAUUCUUAAUAAUAGUAAAUACAUCCUGUUUAACAUUAUAUUAAAUUAAUACAGUGUACUGUUAGUGGAACAAAUAUAGUGACAUUUGAGAAUACCGCAGGAUAUCGAACAGGAACGCUUCUAGCCAUUGAAGGUACAGAAAGAGCAUAUGAAAGGUGAUCUCUUUUGAAUCACAGAAAGGCAAGUAAUAUUACUAGAAGGCCUAAUUGAAAUACAGAUAAUAAAAUUCGCAGGUUUACUACAUAUGGCUACGCAAGUUAUAGAUUAUUUUUCUACUACAGUAAAAAAUAUCGCUUUCAAAAUCAAUUGAAAGAAUUUCAAUAAAGUCACUACGUUUAUUCUACCGACAUUGGAAGUAUAAUUACAACAGGUAUGUCAUCCGUGGACCGCAUAUAAGUACGGUCGAAGAUCACUACAGGGCCGCAAAGUGUUAUUUGUUCAAGGCAAUUGUACAUUAUACUUCUUUGUUAAAACAUUUAUUCAAAGAUUUAUACGAGCAAUUUUAUCGUAUAGCGCCUAUACAGAUACUAUAUGGGAAAGCAAUUUCCGUCCAUGCGAAUUUAAAAUUUUAGUAACAUAAUUGCAGUCGUUUAAUUUCAUGUUUUCACUGCCAUUCUUUUACUGUAACUAUAUACAUCUUUUAUACAGAGGCAGUAGGCGAGUGAAUAUUUGCAUCGAUAGUUCACAAUUUAUUCUAAAAAUACAUACUGAAUAAUAUUGUUACGUCCUACACUCACAGCGCUAAGAUCUGCACUAUUGACAAUGUUAUUAAAUUACCCCUAAAUCUACUGCCUAUAAUAUUAAUACUUGCACGAUUAUAUUGUGAAGUUAUUGGUACUCAACUUAUUUUAGUUUUGAUGCAGAUCUAUACAUUAUUAACAGAAAUAAGAUGGGAAAUUAAUAUUAGGUUACUGAAAGAAAGUAAUUGAAUUAAUGGGAUUAUGGAUGAUUUGUGAUGUGUGAUGUGUCUUUACUUACAAUUAUGCACCUUUAUGCAAAAUUAUCUUAAAGAGAUGUUUGUUAGAGACACAAUAUAAUGGCAAAGGAAAGAGAUAUUCAUUAUCUCUAUGUUAUCCAUUAUUAAUGGAAUUAAUUUUAUUUUAAUUUUCAUCCAUUUAUAUUUUUUUGCUAACUUUGGUCCAAAUAUCACCUUUGAUAUACGCGUUUAUUAUCAAGACUUUCAGUAACCAACACGACAAUAAUAUUUAUUUUGGUAAAACAACGAUUCAUUACUUGUCUUUAUUUUCUCUUUUGAGAUUCAUUGAUCAAAUUAUCUGUUGUUUGCACUUAAAUGUAAAUUCAACUAAAGUAAUGUAGCAAUGCAAUUGUGAUGCAGCGACCAAUAAUAGGCACUAAAUACCAAAAUAUUAGGAAAUAUUAGAUAAUUUACAAAUUAUAAAAUGUUAUAGUAAUAUUUUCUUAAUAUAAUAUUAUUAACUGUUAAAAUGUUAACUGUUUGAGUAAUGUAGUAAAUACGAUAUUUGGCGCGCGUUGUGUCAACCUCUGCGCUGAUGUUAGGACGUUACAGUGUAAGAAAUGUAAAUAGUAAUUAUAUAUUACUAUCUAUAGUGAGUCUUACCUGAAUUUACUGUCUGUAGUAAAUCUUACAGUGAAUUUUAUAUAAAAUCAUGAUUUUAAUAAUUGUUUAUGUAAUUUAAAUAUUCAAUUAGGUAACCACGAUUUGCAAUAUCGUCCAAAAUAAAAGAAAUUACUAGUUAAAACAUUGUGUAGAUUUAAAAAUUAUAUCACAAAAUAAAACCGAUUUUCUUUUAUAUCUUUCUAAAGAAAAAAAAAUAAAAUAUUCAAUGUGGUCAAAGGAAAAGCAUCUAUAGGUAUGAUAUAUACCUAACAUCCAAUGUAUUUUUGUAUCACAUGAUGUAUGAAUAAAGUGAUGUUAUUUUAUCAUUCAAAGUAAGCUUAUAUAGUAAUAAUAGAUUAUAAUAACAUAAUAACAUAAUAACAUAGGAUGUUAGGUCUAUCUUAUACUUUAUGCCUAAAUUAUUCAUAAUUACUAUUUGAAUGGAGUUUUUACGUGAAACAACUAUACUAUAUAUAAAUAAUGGUCAAGUGUAAUAAU